AAUAGACAUUACCGAGUUUCGGCAGGCUCUUCUUCUCUCACUCGUCACUCGUCACAUGACCCGCACUCCUGUACGGUAGGCCAUAUUUGACAGUGGCACUAGUUUAGCGAAGUGAGUGCGUGAAGAUCGCUCUUCAUCCCACGUUCGCGUUUUCGACAACCUGUAAAUACUCGUGAUCGAUUUGACCUACGAGUCCUAAACGCAUCAAAAUGAGCAGUGAAUAUUCAGAAGGAUCUCCUGUUUAUGCUCCCUUUUUCGGAGUAAUGGGUGCCGCCUCAGCCAUUAUAUUUUCUGCUCUGGGAGCAGCAUAUGGCACAGCAAAGUCAGGUACAGGAAUUGCAGCCAUGUCUGUCAUGAGGCCAGAACUUAUCAUGAAAUCUAUCAUUCCUGUUGUUAUGGCUGGUAUCAUUGCCAUUUAUGGCCUUGUAGUAGCUGUUCUCAUUGCUGGUGGUCUAGAAGAACCUAGUAAAUACAGUCUGUACAAGGGUUUUGUUCAUCUGGGUGCUGGCUUAGCCGUAGGUUUUUCUGGUCUAGCUGCUGGAUUUGCCAUUGGUAUUGUUGGUGAUGCAGGUGUAAGAGGUACCGCACAACAACCUCGCCUGUUUGUUGGUAUGAUCUUGAUUCUAAUCUUCGCAGAAGUAUUGGGUCUCUACGGUCUCAUCGUUGCCAUCUACUUGUACGCCAAGUAAAAUGAUUUUAGUAGCAGGAAUGCAAGACUCGUCGCCUGCAACCAACAGCGCUCCCCGACUAUUAAAAUAUUACGACUUGUUUCGACAUUUUACUUAAACACAUUUUUUCCAUACAUACUCACAUCGACUCAUCUAAGCAUCCUUCUGUAAUACUGUAUUCAAGUUGAUAUAUUAGAGUCCAAGCAUUUAAUAAGUACAUAUUCAUUAUAUAAAUAACAUAAUUGUUGAAAAAUGCUGCAAGCAAGUAAUAAGAGUGCUGAAAAUCUAAUUAAUUGAUUAAAUAUUUUGAAUUGAAAAAACAAAUAAUUCAGUCUUGCAGGAAGAGGAUGUAUGUACAGAAGAUACAAAAAGCAACAGGCGACAGGGAGUUACACUGAGGAAAGACCCCAAAUAUCCCAUGUCGAACAUUUCUCUUUCACUGUAUAGUAAUCAUUUGUAGCGUAGUUUGACAUUGAAUUAUCAAUUAAGAUAAUCGGCUCUACUGAGUGUAUAAAGGAAAAAACUGUUAAUGAUAAAAGAAUAUUUAGCACAAUUACAUAUAUUAAACGCGAUUGAAGUGGCAGUAUACAGAUUGCAGAUGAACGUCUUUUACGACAAACGUCUACAUAAAAUUAUAAUAUUUAAAUCAGAAAGUGGGAAGAAAAAUGCAAGAUUGCAUGUAAGAAACAGCAUAAUAUGCAAUGGUUGUACAAACUAUAUCUUGAACAAAAAAAAAGGAAAGAACAUAGAUAUUGUACAAUCGAAAUUACAAGACACAAAGUAUAGUAUGUGGGAUGAAAUUUUAGAGAGGAAAAUGAAAUGAAUGUGAGUAGAAAAUGGACAGAUACAUGAUAGUAUUAAGUCAAUUCAGAGACUGCUGGACGUAUUAGGAAUUUGCACUUAUUAUGGUUUUAAAUAAUUUUGGGUGACUGCAAAGGCCAGCGGUAAUUCCCCUCUUUUAGCUGUAAACAUACUUAUUUCACGCUAAUUAAAAAUAUAUAUACAAAUAUAUAUAUAUUUUAAUGAAGUGAAAGGUGUAUGUUAAGGCACCACAAAAAACAAAGAUUCCAUACGUCCCAGCAGAUGUAUGACUACCUAAGAAAGGGGUUACGAGAUAAUAAUGAUGAAAAAAAUCAUUUGUACAUUCCAUACUAAGUUCGUUUUGUGCAGGCGAGCGGGCGCUUGUAAUGGCGCGACAAAUGUAGGUUUUUGGGAAAGAAAAAAAGGACAAAUUAUGCGUUGGAUACUUCACAUUUUCUUUCGUGACAAUGUUUUUAAAUAAAUGUAAUUAUGGGGUAGAAAAACGAUGCAAACGAAGCUUUUUUUCGGAGGUUCAUUGUUAUGGGAGCUGACGGUGAACUCUGAUAUAUGUGUUAUGGCCUUUUAAUCGGCCACCAUCUCUCCCCGUAAUAAAUAUAUCGUGUCACGGUCGAGGACAAGAAUUCUUUGCGCCCGCUUGCCAAAUUUUAUUGACUGCGCAGUAUUUUCUAUCUAAAAAAACAACAAAGCUCAACAUGUAGGCGCAUUUCCGGGAGAGAAAUAAACAUAUAAAACACUAAACAUUUCAAAACCAUUUCAGUUUACGAUAAUAGCGCAUGAAACCAAAAAGAUGCAAAUCCCAUUUCUUCGAAUUCAUCUGAUCGGAAAAAGAAAAAAAAAAAGAAACAAAAUGCACGAG